UUUGAUGCUGCACGAUCACGUCCAGACACGAACCAAAGCGUUUCCAGCCACACGAUUUUCAUUCUCUCCACAAAUCGACGCCGAAUCUUUGCAUUGCAUCUUUCGCAUUUGGUUGCUUUCCCGACGCAAAAGCGGCUCGUUUUCUUCCAAACGCGUGCAUUUGCAGGUCCUCUGAGGUCGUCAGUCUGCACAAACACCUUCGUCCUUUAGCCCUUUUCGUCCGGCAAAGUGAUGAAUGAUUGAUGAGACGACGAUUGCCGGCGUUGAUGGGCUCAGUUGCGAGCGACCUGAAGUACAAAAGCGAGAAGCGACGCCUUAACCUGCGGAGAGACCUUCUGAAGGGCGAACUGAAUCGCCUCCUGCGAGAUCUGCAAGGGCUUGGCGUGCACACGGACGGGCCGAUGGAUGACGACGUCGUUGCAGUUUUUGAGCAGAAAAAAUGCAGUGUGCUCCAAGUUCGGAGCGACGGGGUGCUCUUGUCGGGCGGGAUUCGCCUCGACCUGGACCCUGCGCUCAACCUGAAGGAAGGUGACACGGUCCAAGUAGUCAAAACUCAUGACCACAACAGUCCAUGGACGGUGACAGACGUCAACACCCUGGAAUUGCUGGUGGGCGAGAAAACUAUUAAAUCGUUCAAAUCGGCGCUCGUCAGUGAGGAAGAAGAGGGUCAGGUGGUUUCCUGUGCCAACUCCACCCUGAUCUUGGACCCAGGAAGAGUGACUGUAGACUUGAAGCAAAUUAAAUGUUCCUUUACUCCUGCAGAAGGAGAUUUGGUUUUGGUCACGAAGCAGGAGGACAAGGUGGUUGCACUGAGUCCUCUGGCGAGUGAAGUUUUCGACGCAACGGUCGCCUUCACGGACAGUUUCACAGGCCUCCUCCAGAGGAAGGACGGAGACGUUGUCCGGUUCAGCUACUUGGCCUGCGAAACACACUACAUGCCUCGAAAGGGGGACCAAGUGUGCGCUGAGGCCAUUCGGUGCCACUCUGAGGAUAAAGUUCGCUGGAGGGCGCUGAAAAUGGUGCUGCUGGCCUUGGCAGUGGCAGAGCCAAGUUCCAACCCUGAAGUGGAGGAACUUCUGCAGGAAUCCAACAUAAUUUCCACUGGCACACAUUUCAACUGUGGAACCAUCAAACUCGGCUCCAAAGGCAGACUUAUGCCAAUUUUGGCAAACAUCAGUGAUGAAAGCCACUGCCUUACCAACAUCUACCCAUACAAGAAGGUGUCUCCGAAUCCGCAGUUCAAAUUGGUCACGGAAAUCAACUUUCCUAAAAUCCUGCUGCCUGGAGAGACCUUUGUGGUUUCCUUUGAGUGCCACCCUCAGGAGGAAGGUUCCUGGAGGGACAUGUUUGUCUUUGACUUUGACAAGGGGAAAUUCCAGCUGGGCCGCUUCUUUGCAGUCGAAGUGCAGUCCGGCCAGAACUCAUUGGGCGAUCAGUACAAGAGAAAUGGUGCAGCAGGAGGGAGUAAAGCUGACUUUGCAGGACCCCUGGUGAAAUCGAACCGCAAAAAGCAAGACACAAACCCCUUUCGGCGCCGUGUACAGAAGUACAUUCUGCCUGAAAACAUUAAGAACAUUGUCGAGAGCUUGGUCGACUCCAGCAAAGACAGGGUGCUCGUGACCCUGAAGGAGAAGUUCCCCUUCCUCAUGGAAGAGGUUGACACUUUCAAUUACGUGCAAAGAUUCACACUUUUGCUGCACCUUGAGGAGGCUGAGGCGGAGAGAGGGAUGCAAAGGUGGAAUUUGUCAGGCUCCUCUCUAGAAAAAGACCAGGACAGAGACAGUUAUUCUGUCAAUGUUCCUAAUUUGACUGAAAGACGACCCUCAAUCCUUUUCGGCGAUUCAGUUCAUGUGAAAAAUGUUAGAGGAGGACCUGUUUAUGAAGGCAUUGUGGAAGACACUUUGCAAGGAAAAGUCCGCUUCAGGCUCAACUCAUCUUUCUCCCCAAUCUCUAGCACUGAACUGUACAAUGUCAAAUUCCUCAUAAGCCGAUCCAACUUCAAAUUCCAACAUUCGGCUGUGAGUUCGGCCUGGAAGACUUUGGGAGACGAAAUCCUUUUUCCCACCGAGAUCGAGCCUGCGGAGGAAGUGCAGGUGCGAAAGGAAAAGUAUCCCAACGUGAUGUUCUUUCCUCCGAACGACGAAACCAGCAGCAAUGGUGACAAUCAGACACAAGCUUCAAUGCGAAAGAGGAAUGGGGGCUGGUACAACCCUUACCUCAACCCUUCGCAAAGAGCUGCAGUGACAAACAUUUUGACCGGAGAAGCUCGUCCGAUGCCGCACAUCAUUUUCGGCCCACCUGGCACUGGCAAGACCGUGACUGUGGUCGAGACCAUCCUGCAGAUCUACAAACUCGUCUCGCCCUGCAGGAUCCUGGUGGCCACCCCUAGCAACAGCGCCGCAGACCUGGUGACGGAGCUGCUUGUCCGAGCCCACCCCACAUUCAGGCCAAUUGUUUUGGCAAGACUGGUUGCGUUCAGCUACCGUAAAGUGCCGGCUUACUUGCAGAAGUACUCGGUUCUCUUGAAACAGGACAAUAACAUUGAGGUGGAUCUGAGCUUGAACAAAAUCACCAUUGGCACCUGCUCUGCUGUGGGCCGCCUCUGCCUUUUAAACAAGUGUCCGUACUACACCCACGUCAUUAUCGAUGAAUCUGGCCAGGCCUCUGAACCUGAGACAAUGUGCGCUGUGGCCCUGAUGGGCAAACCGCGCCAAAUUGUGUUGGCCGGCGACCCAAAGCAGUUGGGUCCUGUCAUCAUGGGCAGGAUUGCCUCGCAAGGAGGACUGGACGUCUCCUGGCUGUCUCGACUUCUCAUGUCUCCCCUGUACUCCAGAGACAUGGCCAAGUUUCCUGCAACCCAGGGCUACGACCCCCGCCUGGUUACGAUGUUAACCAGAAAUUACAGAACUGUGCCUGAAAUCCUCAACGUGGCCUCUCGACUCUUCUACAACAAUCAGUUGGUGCCCAUGGUGUCUCAGGAGAACGGCUGGCCCGCAGAAUUACUCAAGUCUGUGGCAAACGAGCUGCCAAGCGGAAGGGGCUCUGGCCCGCCGGCUUUUGUGUUCCACGGCGUCAAAGGCCGCUGUUGCCGAGAUGCCGAUUCGCCUUCUUGGUACAAUCCUGUCGAAGUGAACUAUGUGCUAGGUUACGUGAGGAAACUCAUUUCCUCUAAUGUUAAACCGUGGGACAUUGGCAUCAUCACGUUCUACGCAAAGCAGACUGCCAAAGUGCGAGAGAUGCUGCGCUCAUUCAACAUCUCUGACCUGAAGGUGGGGUCCGUGGAGGAGUUCCAGGGCCAGGAAAGGAAUGUGAUGAUUCUGUCAACGGUUCGCGUCCUGGCCAUGGAUGACGACAGCAUGGGCUUCAUCAGCAGCCCCCGCAGAAUCAACGUGGCAAUCACUCGUGCCAAGGCGUUGCUGAUCAUCGUGGGGGACCCGCACCUGCUGAGGAACGACCCCAACUGGGACUCAAUUCUUUUGGACUGCAUCUCCAGGAACGCAUACACAGGCUGCGACCUGCCCAUCACUGGAAACGCUGGCCAACGCCACAAUAACCAGGCCCGGUGGUAAAACUUUUGGUUUGAAAAUGAAGACUACUCAUCUUGAUUUAAUCCUAUUUAAUUGUAAGGCUAUCAAUUUGAAGCAAACUUGGUACACAAUAAACGCUAGAUAAAUUAAAAGAGCUUGAUUAUUUCA